AACCCCGGAAGUGUUUUUUCACGUAUUGUGUGUCGUGCGAGUCGGGUCUAUAAUGGGGGGAUAUUACAAUGAGGCAAAUAAAACCUUAUUAAUGGUUUUGUAAGAAGUGGUAAUUAAACGGCGACUAGGACCAGAAAUAUACGGUGCCCGGCUCUGGAUGCUGUGGUGUCGCCUCCCUGACGCAGGCCCGAGGAGCAGGCGUGAUGUCACUGUGAGGCAAGGAAUCUGAGGGUAGAAUGCAAUCUUCAGGCCACCGGUUGCGGGAUGUGGAGCAGCACCACCCCCUCCUGGGGGCGGAGGAGGAUCUGGAGGGCGGGGGCCCGGGCGAGGGGGAGCGGGUGUGGUUCAUCCAGGACGGCUGUGGCAUGGUGUGUGCCUUCAUGACCUGGUUCCUGGUGCUCUACGCUGACUUUGUGGUGACCUUCGUCAUGCUGCUGCCCUCCAAGAGCUUCUGGUACGCCCUGGUCAACGGCGUGGCCUUCAACUGCCUGGCCCUGCUGGCACUCACCGCACACCUGCGCACCAUGCUCACCGACCCGGGGGCGGUACCUAAGGGCAACGCCACUAAGGAGUACAUGGACAGCCUGCAGCUCAAGCCGGGCGAGGUCAUCUACAAGUGCCCCAAGUGCUGCAGCAUCAAGCCCGAGAGAGCCCACCACUGCAGUAUUUGUAAGAGAUGCAUCCGGAAGAUGGAUCACCACUGUCCCUGGGUCAACAACUGUGUGGGAGAGAACAACCAGAGGUUCUUUGUGCUCUUCACUAUGUAUAUAGCCCUGAUCUCCACCCAUGCCCUGGUCCUGAGUGGGUUCCAGUUUUUCACCUGUGUCAAAGUUCAGUGGAGCGAGUGCAGUGACUUCUCCCCGCCGGUCGCUGUGAUGCUCAUGAUCUUCCUCUGUCUGGAGGGCCUCCUCUUCCUCACCUUCACUGCCGUCAUGUUCGGCACCCAGAUCCACUCCAUCUGCAACGACGAAACGGAGAUCGAGCGGCUGAAGAACGAGAAGCCCACCUGGGAGCGUCGCGUGCGGUGGGAGGGGAUGAAGACCGUGUUCGGGGGCCAGCCCUCCCUCCUCUGGAUCAACCCCUUCGCCGGGCUCCGUCUGCGGCGCCUGCUGAUGACCCGGCCGCGCCGGGGCGGGCCCGAGUUCUCCGUCUGAGGACGCCCCGCCCCUCUCCUCCGGACACGCCUGUGCUAUCUCACUCCUGCGACAGGCGUCUGGGGGUGAGGGGAGGGGGGGCGGCGUUGCCAAGGGGACCGUCAGCUGGCACCGCCCACAUCGAACCACAGGGAGACGUCACCCUGCAUGUAUUGCAGUCCCUCCUCCAGAUGUACACAUUAAUCUAUAUAAAUGUAUAAAUAUAUAUAUAUAUAGCCACACAUAUUAAUACACAGAUUAUCAUGUACUGGACACCUUUUUGUGUUUUUGCCUUUUAAGUGAACCUGCAGUAUGAAAUUAAAGGAACAGGAGACGCCACACAUCGGACUCUCAGAGCUGAUGGGGCGAUGGCCGUUGGCUUGUGGUAUUACACACUACAUCCAGCCUUUCUGUCACAUCAGGGUGGGACACAUGACGUCACGCGUGAGAAGAGGAACGACGAACGUUUGUGCACUGGAGAGCUACCCGCCCUCCUCAGUGCCCCCUUUAGGGACUCUCCAACUGAAGAUCUAGCGAGUUUUGGUGUUGAUGCUGCGCCUGUCCUCUCCACAACCCCCUCCCCCUCCGUUCUGGACCGGGCAGGGCAGCCUGAGUCACAGGGAACCUUCUGGAAGAAGAGCCAGAUUAACCACUAUGACAGUAUACCCCCACCCCAGAGGAAACGGCUCAUUAUGUUUGUUUUUUUUAGGUUUUAAACUUUUUCAAAAAUGUUUUUCGUUGUUGUUGUUUUUUUUUUUCUGGUUUUUGUUCUGCAUUUCAUGUCAACCACAGCAAUUCAGUUUUUAGAAAAAGCAACUGCUGGAGAAUAAUUUUAGAUGACCGCCCACGAUGACAGACUGUUUUUGGGGGGGGGGAAAUGAAAUCUUGGUAUUUUUAAUCAUUGUAGUAUUUCUCUCCAUCCUUCUGGUACAUGCAUUUUCCACCUUAAAAGGAGACGAUGUACGUGAGAUAUCUCUGCUGUUUGGGGGGAGGGACAGAGGAGGAGGGUACAUUCUGGGUUGCCUAUGAUGUUUUCCCACGGUGGACCGCGCUAGCGCUGUGUGCGGUGGGGAGACUGAGGUGCCAGGCUACCGUAGGCUCAGACAGGACCAGACAGGACCGGGUUCAGCAGUGAGGGACACACACUGCCCAACGUGACUUGGGUUCUCCAUCCAGCCGGUCGUACGCAGGGCUUACUGAUGAGAUCACUUGAAACUUGUUUUAUCAUGCAAAUGUUGGGUCCACGUUUCUCAGCGCUGGGGCUAUGUAGAAAGGGGAAACCGUGCCCCGAAUCCUUAAACAGGGGAGGCCACACGGGGUCGGCCCCAAACACAAACGCCGGAGAAACGCGACACAAAAGGGCCCUCCCUGCCCUCCGAUGCUGGAGGAGGUCUGACACAGUGGCUGCUUUGUGCCGUUUAGGAAAAGCUCUGCAGAAAUCUCACACGAAAAAGAUCUUUCUUUGCCCCUCAGGCAAACUGAGCCAAGCUGGAUGUGCACAUUUACAGAGUAUUUACCACGUUUUUUAAAAGCUUCCACGUGAACAGCUGUCUUUGACAGGUACUGCAGCUGUCUUCUGCGUCCCCGAAAGGCAGGGAAAUGUGUCUGACUGCGAAUACGUGGUUCCACAGGAAUACAUGUCGUCACAGUCUCCUGUUUCUCCUGACUCGAGUCUCCAGCAGUGAGUGAAUUCAUUGCCUGCACCGGUAUCAUAGUCAUUUGAUAAAGGCCAAAUAACUGAACCUGUUAGUCCCUGAAAGUGUGUGUGUGCAUGCAUUUUAUUAAAGAGACGUCAGCCGUCAAUGCCAAACUCGUAGUCAGUCUGUAAGUGAAUAGAUGCCUAAAUCACUUUAAUGAUAUGAUGCAAUCAGUUUUAUUAAUAGUAUAGCCUCUGAACAAAUCUUCAUGUCUUAUCUUGAACGCAGUAAUUAUGACAAUAAUGGAACUUUUUUGGGGUGGGACGGGCGGGGGGGUUAUUUGGUGAAAUUAAAUUCUUUGUAGACUUUUUAGAAGGCGGACAGGGUCGAUCCCUACUGGAAUGUAUCAGAGUGAACUGGCCUUUAAUUUAAAUACUGUCAUGAGAAUGUAUGGCAUGUUAUAAAACGUUGUCAGCGGCAGUUAAUAAUGCAGGGAACUCAUCAUGGUUUAUUCAAUCAUCUCAUGAACACAAAUCCUUGUAUGUUUUCCAAUGAACAAAGCAGGAAGAGUGCCCAUAUUCUGAAUAUUCUGACAUUUCUUUCAUUCUACUUGUAAAGGCUGUAUAAUUUAUUGUGUCGGAGGGUCCUGGUUUGUGGUUGGUACUGUAAAGAGGCACAUAGGAUCUAUUGUGGAACUACACUUGUCCUGCGGGCCAAAGACAGGUGCUCAUUGAAGGUUUCUCCUGUAAAGCCCCAACAUAUCUUUGACAAACAGGACUUGUAUUAAUCAUCACAGCGGUAUGGAUUCGCCUGAAAAUAGCAUAAUCAAUAUGUCCAGCUUUGUAACUGGAAAGCAUACAUGGGUUACUUCCGUUAUCGACAGUAUAUCAUUUACUGGAUCCUGUUUUUUUUUUAAAGAAAUAUCUGUGUUAUAAAUGGUCUUUCUAAUGUGUAGUUCUUUUGCAUAAUAAAGUUGUACGGUUUGAAAGAA